CGCGCCUCGGCAUGCAUCUCGACAUUUAGUUGGUUUAGUUAGCACAGGUUAGCACAGGCUCUGGUUGCGUCUAUUCCAACGUUUUUGUCUAUGCCAUCUAUGCCGUAGUCCUGCGAUGCCUGCUGACUGCUGCGUGCCGUUGUGCACGCAACGAGGUUGUCGCGACAACGCCGGGAACAAGGUAUCCUUUCAUGCAUUUCCAAGAGAUCCACAGCUCCGCAAGAGAUGGCUCAUUGCAAUCAAGCGGGAUGAGGAACCUUUGUUCACUAUCAACAAGAACAAAAAAGUGUGCAGCAAGCACUUCAAAGCAUGCGAUUUCAUACCCCAUGUCGUAAGUGGGUGGCACAUUCUCCGUGAUACAGCUGUGCCUUCGGUGUUUGCAUUUUCAUCGUCUAACAAGAAGCCACCGAAGAAGCGAGAACCUUUGCCCAAGAGGGUGAAAAAGUGCCCAGUGCAGCCACAUUCAAUGCAAAAACGUGAACCUGAAGUUUCAGACCGUGAAGGUGCGGAUAUUGCUCAAUCUACAGACAUGCUGUCACCUGAAGAGGACUGCGAGACACAUACUGGGCAAGAGACUACCAAGGAACUUGCAGAGGCAUCGGAGAUCAGCGUACUAAAGCAGCAGUGCAGCCGUCUAAGAGAAGAGCUUGCCAAAGAAAGAGCCAUAUUAACUAAAGUGAUUGAGGAAGAAAAAAGAAAGCAUGUUCCAUUUUGUUUGAGCAGAUUUAGGGAGAGCAGUGAGGAAUUUAUGUUUUAUACUGGCCUCCCUGAUUAUGACCAUUUCGUUGCAUUGUUUGAGUAUGCUUGUCCCAAUGGCCACAGUGAUACAGCCCUCUCUGAAAAGCUUGAGACAGCAAGUUAUGGAAGAGAAAGAAAACUAAGUAAAGGGAAUGAACUAUUUCUAGUUCUUGUCAGGCUUCGGCUAGGUCUCUUUGAGCAGGAUCUAGCGCAUAGGUUCAACAUCUCACAGGCAACCGUGUCAAGCAUAUGCUCAUCAUGGAUUAACAGGCUGUAUUUUAAACUAGUGAAGUUGCCUCUCUGGGCACCACGACACAUGAUAGACGAAACAAUGCCUGCUACAUUUCUGGGAAAGCACUCGGCAACGAGAGUUAUUUUGGAAGCAACAGAAGUCUUGUGCACAGUGCCUAGUUCCCUGGCAUUGCAGUCCAGCACAUACUCUGCAUACAAAUCAACAAACACCUUCAAAGGACUAGUCGGCACUACGCCAAACGGUCUGGUCUCAUAUGUAUCAGAGUUAUUCGCAGGUUCUAUGUCAGACAGGGAAUGUGUCAUACAAAGUGGCUUUCUUAACCUUGAAUUUGGUCAAGGAGACGUAGUCAUGGCAGACAAGGGAUUCAGAAUUGAUGAUCUCCUAGAAGAGAAAGGUGUCGAUUUAAACCUGCCUCCUUUUCUGCAUGAGGGAAAGCUACCUAAAGUGAAGGUGGACGAGACUCGGGAGAUAGCCUCACUGAGGAUUCACGCUGAAAGAAGUAUUAACCGCAUUAAAUCCUUUCACAUUUUCGACCGCCCCAUUCCUCUAACAUUGGCACCACUCAUUAAUCAAAUAUGGACUGUAGCAGCAAUACUGACAAACUUUCAAUCUGACCUUCUUGCUGGGCUGGAGCCAAGUAACCUUUAAGUGACAUAGGACAGGGGAAAAAAAACAAAAAACAACUGAUUGCCCUACACUGAAUUGUCAUUUGUUACUGUUGAUACAGCUCAUUUUGUUUUCAAUUCAAUAACAAGUCAUUUUGUAUUCAAUGACGUGACAUUGUUUGCUCUUGUGAAAUAAGCAUACUUGAGUUUGUAAUAAUGACACUUUUCACUUAUUCUUUUUAUUGUGUUGUUCUUGAGUGGAACAACCUAGGUGUGUUGCAGUCUGAUUUUUAAAGUUAUUGGAAGAUGUAAUAAAUAGUUAAGAAAAUAGUUUACUUAUUUAUAAUUCUGAAAACUUCCAGUUUUCUGAACGAUAGCUAAUAUUUACUUCUUGUGUUUUCUUUGUUUUUAUGACACUGUAUUGAUCUGUAAUGAAAUGCAAACAUUAGGUGCACUACUUAUGUGACUUGCUCAUUUAUUAACGGGAUUAUUGUUGUAAACAUGUGCAUUGAACCUGUUUGUUGGAUUUCCAUAUUGAAAAACUUGUACAUGCUUAAGACAUUUUUACUGUUAUUAUAAAACUGGUACUGUGUGUGUAAUUAUAUGCUGACGUGCUGUGGUGUUGAUGUGCAACUGCCUGUAUUGUAAAUAAAUGAGUUUUAU